AACCCAAUCCAUUGUGUUUCCUGCGCUCUGAUCUCCUCGAAAAAUGGAAAACAAAUUUUUAUUUCAAGCCGCAACUAUCGUGCGGGUUGCGAGUCCUUUUCGCUUGUUGUUUUCCCUCCGAUGUGCUCACUUCGAGGACCCUACGGUGACUCUGAAUAGAAUAUACAAUCUCAUUGUAGUGCGAGAGUCAACUCUUUUAUCAAUUUUUCAAUACCCAACUAAUACCAUGUCUGAUACUGAAGAAGCCCCCGCCGUCGAGGAAGUCGCCGAGAUGAGUGUCUUGGACGCUCUCCGUGAGGUACGUAACCACACAGGAAAUUGAGAGGAGAACAAUUACGUGAUGCAGGAUCGGUGGAUAUCAAUCCUCCAAAUUUUCUUCACUUCCAGUUUGGAAGCUAUCUUCAGCGGAGCAAACAAGUCUAUUAUCGAAAGAGCCAUAUGGGUUUGGAAUCAACGGCUACUCGACACUGACUAGUUAGGCACCCGAAGGAAGAAUCGAAUUGACUGGAAGAGAGAAAACAUGGAGGAUGUGAUAAAACACACAGUUUUGUUUGUCACGGACAUGUCGACUCACACAUACGCAUUUUAUUUUGCGCCACGCUACAAUCAAUCGUUUGCCGUAAUUUUUAAUCGAAUCAAACCGAAAACAACAAAAACACAGGUUUUGGAAAAGGCCAUGAUCCACGGAGGACUCAAGAAGGGACUCCAUGAGUGUGCUAAGGCCCUCGACCGUCGCACCGCUCGUCUCUGUUGCCUCGCCAAGGACUGCGAGAACGACGAGUACAAGAAACUCAUCAAGGGUUUGUGCUCCGAGGGAGAGGUCCACGUUGUUAUGGUCGAGUCCGGAAAGGAUCUCGGAGCAUGGUGCGGACUCGCCAAGCUCGAUGACGAUGGCUCCAUCAAGAAGGCCGUCCGCACGUCUUGCGCCGUCAUCACCGAUUUCGGUGAGGAGACCCGUGCCCUUUCGGUUCUUUUGGACUACCUCCAAAAGCAGGCCGAUGGUGCCGAGAUCUAAGCUAGUAUCAUAACUUUUAGAUGGAUAGAUUAAAAGGGAAGCCGCUGA